AUGCGCCUCUCGGAUUUGAGCCUUCUGGCCCUGCAAGUUAGCACCCUCGGUUUGGCCAGUCCUGUCUCUCGCUCAGCAGAGUCCGACAUAGAUCAUGCGACUACCGAGGGACUCCAACAGCUUGCCAAUUUAGCUCAAACCGCCUUUGACAAGACCAAGUCAGAAGUCGAGAGCAGUGAAAUCAAGAAGCGCAACAACGCUUGCUCUUGGCAAAAUGUCCGCGUCCGGAGAGAGUGGGGCACACUGAGCAGAGUUGAGAAGCUUGACUACAUCAACGCUGUCAAGUGUCUUCAGUCCAAGCCAGCCCGCACACCCACCUCAGAGUCUCCCGGGGCCAAGACUAGGUUCGAUGACUUUGUCGCAACUCAUAUUAAUCAAACUCUCAACAUACACUACACCGGUAACUUCUUAUCCUGGCAUCGAUACUUUACAUGGCAGUAUGAGGAGGACCUGCGCAUCGAGUGCGGAUACAAGGGCACUCAACCUUACUGGGACUGGUCCAAGACGGCCAUCACAGGCAUGGAGACCUCCCCCAUCUUCGACGGAAGCGAGACGUCCAUGUCCGGGAAUGGCGAAUUCGUCUCCGACCGAGAGCCAAUUCUCCUCGGUGGUCAGAAUGGCUUGCCAAUACUCGAACUCCCUGUUGGUACAGGCGGAGGCUGUGUGACCUCUGGGCCCUUCAAGAAUAUGACUGUCAAUCUCGGUCCCGCUGCUCUCGAUCUGCCCGGCGGUGUUUCUGAGGCGAAUCCCAAUGGGCCCCUGAGAUAUAACCCCCGCUGCCUCAAGCGUGACCUGACGACCGCGGUUAACCUCUUGUACGCGAAUGUGACCGCGGUUUUGUCCAAUAUUCUUCAACCUCAGAAUGUGUACGAUUUCCAGAUGCAGAUGCAGGGCGUGCCUGGCUCUGGCAGCAUUGGUAAGCUCAUGGGCAUCCACGGUGGUGGUCAUUACUCACUUGGAGGAGACCCUGGAAGAGACGUUUUCACUUCCCCAGGAGAUCCAGCUUUCUACCUGCACCAUUCGAUGAUUGAUCGAGUGUGGUGGAUGUGGCAGAUGCUGUCACCUCAAGAGCGUCAAUAUGGCGCCACUGCUCUCAGCGGGACCAACACAUUCUUGGAUCAGCCUCCUAGCGCCAACGCAACCAUGGAUGAUUUGUUAGAAUAUGGUUGGGUCGGAGAGCCCCUUAAGAUCCGGGACGCUAUGAGCACUGUCUCAGGCCCAUUCUGCUAUGCAUACUUGUGA